CACAGCCCCCCGUUCCACAGUGGGUUGAGUGUAGAGACAGGGAGAAAGAAGACUUGGUCUGGAUCGAACUGCCCAGGGUGACCCUUUACCUUCCCUCAGAACUUCCAGGUGCAAGCCAAGACACAACUCCACAGUACCUCUCUACACAUUUAAACCCAUUAGGAAAAGGCACCAUGUCACGAUUCAGCACGCUUUCAGUCCGCGAGAGGAAGAUGCAGGCGGCGGCCAUUUGCCACGAAGUCCACGGUGGUGCUAAUGGUGACACAAUGGACCUUGGCAAAAAGCUCUCGACGCCAAAAGACAUCAUGCUGGAGGAGCUGUCUCUCCUGUCCAACCGAGGCUCCCGCCUAUUCAAGAUGCGCCAACGCCGCUCAGAGAAAUACACCUUUGAAAGUAUUCAGAAUGAAGCCAAUGCACUUCUGAAUAGUGAAGUUCAAACUAAUGCUGAAAAUGCAGAAAAUAAAUCUCCAAGCACGCCUGACACCAGAAAUGCAGCCAACCCUGAGGAGAUUGCACCAGGUUAUGGUGGCCCCCUAAAGAAUGUCCCACCUGAGAGAUUCAACACCACAGCUCUCCCCAAGUCCUACCACUCACCCUGGGAGGAGGCCAUCAUCAGUGACCCCGUGCUAGCCGAUACACUGAAGCUCAAGAUGCCUGUGCCUGAACCCAGAGGAGAGAUGCCUGAUUACAAGAGCUUCAACCGGGUGGCCACACCAUACGGAGGCUUUGAGAAGGCCCCACGAGGAAUCACCUUCAAGAUCCCAGAGAUAGAUCUGAACCCCCCAAGAUACCCCGAACUUCAAGACCCUGCAUCGAAGCGGCCCACCUUCAACAGGACCGCACAGGGCUGGAUCUCUGACGGCGUUCCUCUCAUCCUCCCCUCUGUUCCACUGGAGCCGCCCGAGAUCCCUGAAUCUGAUGACCUGUAAUUGCAACCUGGCAGCUGUAUUGUGGUAGAGGGUCUGAGCAGGGAUUGGCCCCCUAGCUGCUGCUCCAAAACCAGUUCUGUUUCCUAAUAUUGAGCAUGGGACUGUAGGAAACUGGUUUUGGAACAGUGCCAUGGGCAACCUCUACAUAGAGCAGUCUGUCUUGAGUGGGUGCCUCAAUGCUUCAAGGGCUGAUUGGUUUAACAUGAAUUGACUGCAAGAACAUGUCAAAUCUACCAGCAAUGUAAGUAUUGCAAGUUAGGAACAUUACUUAGUACUGCUCAAUUACUACAAACUAUCACAUUGCAUUAACAGCAGCAAGCGAUAACUGAACAGGACAUUCUUAUAACAUCGCUGUCAUAUCAAAAGCUUGGAACACUGCGUGAAAAUUGGACCAAUAGAAAUGGUCCAGAAUAAAAUCUUGACACAUUAAUGUACAUUAAAGUUAAGAAUGUUUUUUCCUCCUACUGUUGUUACCAUCUGGAGAUACAAGGUUUUGUUACUAGUGAUAUGUAUUUAUAACAUAAUACGUGUAACAAACAUGACAGUGACAAGAUAAUAAACAUAAUAAAUGUAUACAAUGUGUAUUUAUGUCAUAAUAUAUAUAAUAAACAUAUACAGUUUGUGCGGUAAUGUGCAAAAGACCACCUUUCUUUUAUUUAAUUUCCAGUCAAAGUGGCCAUUAAGUACAUUUUUCAGCAUCAGGGAAAAAAAACAUUUAACUGAAAAUGACUUUGAAGCCUCAGUAACAAAAUUUCAGUAUUCAGCAUUCUUUUCAGGGGCCUUGUUUUCAGGUUUCAGUCCCACACCUACAGAGUUCAGUCUUACAAGUUGGUUACAUUUUCUGUCUCUCAACCCAAGAAAUCCCAAAUGUGUUUAGUGAUGUUGAGGCCUGGCCCAAUGUUCUGAGAACAUCUUGACAGCUACACGUCCUUUCAGACCCAUGGUGUUCUAGCAGUGGAGGGAUGGACAGAUGGACACCUGUGGAUUUUAUCACAUCUGAAGCAAAAACGGAGCUAGAUUUUCUCUCAAAAAAGUAUCUUCAAAGCAACACUAUGUAUGAUUUGGAGAUUUGGAGACCUCUCUGGUGGAAAUGUGUAAUUGCACACAACAUGUGGAAGAACAUUUUGUAGUGUCGGUUGUGCUUCGGGCCGCCACAAGUGGAUGAAUCUGAAUUUUGCAAGUGCGUUGAAGGAGUAUUCGAAGAGAACUCAGGCAAAGCUUUGAUGUAGGGCAUGUCGUCUGAGGAUGCUAGUGAAACAUCUACUAUUGUCAUCAUAUCUUCAUCAGUAUAUUGUUGAUUUUGCAUUUGAGAUGAAGUCUUUUUAAACCGGUGAGUGUGACAUUAAUGCAUAAUAACAAGACACGGCCUGAUAAAUUCCCAUCAAACCCGUCCCAAUACCUCUAAUUUCUAAAAGAUUAUUUUAGGCUUUAGAGGCCGACUUGCAGCGGUGCAAGCAUGCCAUAUUUUAGUGUGUUUUCACUAUACUGAAUGCUGCUACGUAGUGCUGCUUUAAGUACUGUUUAUCUGAUAGGGACAGUUUUGAUGGUCCACCAGGUCUUGCACAGUUGUUAGGAGGCCCAUUUACUCCAGUUCUCCUGUUUAUUCACAUAUUUUUCAAAUAACUAUCCCUUCCCCAUGUAAGUAGAUUAUCUCCUUAGAAAUAUCUCCUGAAAACUGAAUGGCUUAAUGGCCAAUUUGACUGGAAAUGAAAUAAAUGAAGGGUAUUCACUGACUAGCACAGGAAUGUGUUUAUACAAUUUUACCAAUUUUUAGAAGUAAAAUCUUAUUUUAUUAACACCUUAAACUUCUAGGCUUAUUAGACUUAUUAUUAUGUAACUACAGGGACUUCAAUGCCAACUGGCUGAACUAUUAGAAGUGUGUAAUAAGGUUUUGGGCCUGCUGAUUAGAUUAGCCAUUUAGGUUAACUUACAUUAAAGUUUAUAUUUUUUCCCCUUCUACUAAAACGUUGUGAACAACAGUUAUAAAAGGAAAGAUGACAACACCUCACAACCUGUGAUGCAGUAGGAAAUAUUCGCUGAAGAGUCAUAGAACACUAGUGCAACAAAAUAGACCUGAGCAAUCUACACAUAAAUAAAUAGAAUUGAGAAGAACAAAUUAUAGUAUCUUUUAAAGUUUGUAGAAAUAAACGUAUCCUAGAAAUAAACUGAAUGUAACUAAUAAAUAGUAUAGAAUAGCAACAGAAUAGCAAGAAGCAAAGAAGGCCUCAAACAUCUACAGCUCUGUAUCGAUUUACAUAGAAUAGAACCCAAUAUAGAACCCAGCAGUGUGUGUUAGAUUAGCUUGUACACGUGUGAGUGUAUUAGAAAUGAAUUGAAUGUUAAUAAAGAGCAUUUAUGAUACAUUACUGACUACUGAGGUGUACAGGACAUAUGAGAGCUGAUAAUGUGUGCUUCAGGAAAGGAAUGUUUCCAGAGCUUUUAUUUAAGAUUAUAUUAUGUAUCACAAUCAAUAUUUUCAAUAUUUAUUGGAUAUUAUUACAGCUACUAACCAAUAUGUUGUUUGACUGUGAGUGAUUUGCUUGAAAAGAUAUUAAACAUUUUAAAGGCAACGAUAGGAUGUUAUAAAAUGAGAUUAAAUUUGGUUUCAUUAAGAGAGGGAAAAAAACAUUGUAAAUAGAAUGUGUUGACUUUUUGAAGCUGGUUUUUACUGUAAAAAGUUGCUUUUUUUGCAUUUCAUGUUGUGAAACCUGAUGUGCUGUUUGGUGGUGUUGCUAUUGUGUGUGUGUAUUUAGUAUGAUGGAGAUCUUAUUCUCGUGCUGCAGUCUGAAAUGAAUUUGGAAGCUGUGGUGUAAACUCUGAAAUAAAAUGUGCAUUUAUUUCAUGAUGAAA